GGGACCCCAUCCAUGUCCCGGUCCCGAUCCCUUUCCAUGCCCCUGCCCAUGUCCGGAGCCCCGAGCCCGGUCCCUGUCCUUGUCCUGAUCCCCCAUCCCAGCCCCCGGCCCGGCCCCCCGUCCCCAUUGGCCGCCGGAGGGGCGUGUUGGGGGCGGGCGGUGGCGGCGGGCGCUGUCCCGGGACGGAGAGCGGAGCGUUCGUGUCGCCUGUGGGUGCUGAGGAGGGAGAGCUUGCCCCACACCGGGAGGAGAGCCAUGCUGAGGGCUGGGGAUGCUGUCCUGCGGCUGCGGCCGUGCCGCUGCACACUCCUGGCCUGGCGAUCCCUGCACAGGCAGCCGCUGCACCCCGAGUGGGCUGCCCUGGCUCAGAAGCAGCUGAAAGGCAAGAAUCCAAAGGAUUUAAUAUGGCACACCCCAGAAGGGAUCGACAUCAAGCCUUUAUACUCCAAAAGGGACACAGAGGACUUCCCCGAGGAGCUGCCAGGGGUGAAGCCUUUCACUCGAGGGCCCUACCCCACCAUGUACACGUACAGGCCRUGGACCAUCCGCCAGUAUGCUGGGUUCAGCACGGUGGAGGAGAGCAACAAGUUCUACAAGGACAACAUCAAAGCCGGCCAGCAGGGAUUAUCUGUUGCUUUUGAUUUGGCCACCCACCGUGGUUAUGAUUCAGACAAUCCCCGAGUUCGAGGAGAUGUAGGAAUGGCUGGAGUUGCCAUCGACACAGUGGAAGACACCAAAAUCCUUUUUGAUGGAAUUCCUUUGGAGAAAAUGUCCGUUUCCAUGACAAUGAACGGGGCAGUCAUUCCUGUGCUGGCUACAUUCAUUGUAACUGGAGAAGAGCAGGGAGUGCCUCAGGCCAAGCUGACAGGGACAAUCCAAAAUGAUAUCCUGAAGGAGUUCAUGGUCAGAAAUACCUACAUUUUCCCCCCAGAACCAUCCAUGMGGGUCAUUGCUGACAUCUUCCAGUACACCUCAAAGUAUAUGCCAAAAUUUAAUUCCAUUUCCAUCAGUGGGUAUCACAUGCAAGAGGCAGGAGCUGAUGCCAUCCUGGAAUUAGCUUAUACCAUAGCAGAUGGCUUGGAGUACUGCAGAACUGGGCUUAAAGCUGGCCUCACUAUUGAUGAAUUUGCACCAAGGCUCUCUUUCUUCUGGGGAAUUGGCAUGAACUUCUAUAUGGAAAUAGCAAAGAUGAGAGCUGGGAGGCGGCUGUGGGCUCACUUGAUUGAGAAAAUGUUUAAACCCAAGGAUCCCAAAUCUCUUUUGCUGAGAGCUCAUUGUCAAACUUCAGGAUGGUCACUCACUGAACAGGAUCCCUUCAACAAUGUCAUCCGCACCACCAUCGAAGCCAUGGCUGCUGUGUUUGGAGGGACUCAGUCUUUGCACACAAAUUCCUAUGAUGAAGCCUUGGGGCUGCCCACAGUGAAGAGYGCUCGCAUUGCCCGGAACACACAGAUCAUAAUCCAGGAGGAAUCAGGAAUUCCCAAAGUGGCAGAUCCCUGGGGGGGAUCUUACCUCAUGGAGUGCCUCACCAACGAUGUCUAUGAAGCUGCUUUAAAGCUCAUUGAGGAGAUAGAAGAAAUGGGUGGAAUGGCCAAAGCUGUUGCUGAGGGGAUCCCCAAACUUCGCAUUGAAGAGUGUGCAGCCCGGAGACAAGCCAGGAUUGACUCUGGGUCUGAAGUAAUUGUUGGAGUGAACAAGCACCAGCUGGAGAAAGAGGAGACAGUGGAAGUUCUGGCCAUUGAUAACUCUACAGUCCGUGCCAAGCAGAUAGAGAAAAUCAACAAGGUGAAGGCCAGUAGAGACCAAGCAGCAGCCCAGCAGAGCCUGGCUGCUCUCACACAGUGCGCUGCCACCGGCGAAGGCAACCUGCUUGCUCUGGCAGUGGAAGCAGCUCGUGCCAGGUGCACUGUGGGGGAGAUAACAGAUGCCAUGAAGAAGGUGUUUGGGGAGCACAAAGCCAGCGACCGCAUGGUGAGCGGGGCCUAUCGCCAGGAGUUCGGCGAGAGUGAUGAAAUCCUGCAUGCCAUCAAGAGGGUUGACAAGUUCAUGGACCGUGAGGGCCGCAGGCCUCGUAUCCUGGUUGCCAAGAUGGGUCAGGAUGGCCACGACAGAGGAGCCAAAGUCAUCGCUACCGGAUUCGCAGACAUCGGCUUCGAYGUGGACAUAGGUCCCCUCUUCCAGACCCCUCGGGAGGUGGCGCAGCAGGCGGUGGAUGCCGACGUGCACUGUGUCGGGGUGAGCACGCUCGCUGCAGGGCACAAAACCCUGGUGCCUGAACUCAUCAAAGAGCUCAACGCCYUGGGCCGGCCCGACAUCCUGGUCAUGUGUGGAGGAGUCAUUCCCCCUCAGGAUUAUGACUUCCUGUAUGAAGCCGGAGUUGCCAAUGUGUUUGGUCCAGGGACUCGCAUUCCAAAAGCAGCUGUGCAAGUGUUGGAUGAUAUUGAGAAGUGCCUGGAGAAGAGGCAGCAAUCCAUGUGACCAAAAUGUCACAACUCAGCAGCCUUACACUGACCACUUGAUUGUCAGCAAGGGAUGGCCAACCACAAAUCUCUGCUCCCACUGCCCCCUGGCCUCGUGUUUUGUGCUUUCUAAGAAAGUUCUAAACUCUCUGCUUGUUCUAUUUGAGGAUUAUUUAUAUAGGUAUCCAUACGGAAAUUUUAUCUCUAGAACUGUCACUUCAGCAAGUGAAGGGAAUUCAAAUAAGUGUGUUUGGGGUUUUUUUCCAGAUAUACUGAAAAAUAAAAUAACGGUUGCAGCUCUUUGGUUGUC